AUGUCACCAUAUCAAUUAGUCUUUAGAAAGGCAUGUUACCUACCUUUGGAGUUAGAGCACAGAGCUUAUUGGACAACAAAGUGGCUGAACUUUGAUUUACCAAGUGCUGGAAAGAAGAGAAUUCUGCAAUUACAUGAAUUGGAGGAGUUUAGACAGCAAGUCUAUGAGAAUGCAAAGUUGUAUAAAGAGAUAACCAAGAUAAUUCAUGACAAAUUCAUUCUGCAAAGAGAAUUCAGUUCUGGCCAGCAAGUGCUGUUAUUCAAUUCUAGGCUAAAACUAUUUCUUGGUAAAUUGAGAUCAAGAUGGUCUGGGCCUUUUCUGAUAAAAGAAACAUCUCCCUUUGGAGCAAUUCUGAUAAAGGAUCAAAAGACAAGGAGAGAAUUCAAGGUUAAUGGUCAGAGAUUGAAGGUCUAUCAUGGAGAGGAGUUUACAAGGAAUAUCUCUUGCAUGAAAGUGGUUUCUCUUGAGUGA